AUGGCAAAUCUAGCUCUAUUUCAAUUUAUUGUUUACAAUUUAUUGCAAGCGAACCUAAGAGAUGUAAUCAUAUUUCAUUGUGCGCAGAAGUAUGCUCUUAUGCCGCUUGUACAACUAUUUUCGAAAAACUACAUUUUCUCACAAUUCGUUAAUCUCAAUGUGCAACAAGAACAAUUGACUAACUUUCACAAGGAUUAUUUGGAUAGCGAUUUGACCAAACUGGGAGUGUUCUUAGAUCUAAGCUGCAGUCACAGUUCCUUAAUAACAAAUCAGUCGAGUCAAGCGCGUCUCUACACGGAACACUUUCAUUGGCUGCUCUAUGAUGAAGCAGGAAACAUGACUCAACUAGAAGAACUCUACAACAAAGCUAAUCUGAGCAUCAAUGCAGAUGUCACCUAUGUGAAGUUAGCGGAAGAAUCGAAUGAAGGCAGCUUUUUUACACUCUAUGAUGUCUAUAAUAGAGGCAGCCAUUUAGGAGGCAAACUCAACGUUACCAUCGAUCAGAGUGUUUACUGUAAUCGGAGCAGUUGUGAAAUCAAGGAGUAUCUGAGUGAGUUGCACACGAGAACCAGGCUACAACAGCGCAGUAAUUUAGAGGGUAUUACCUUCAGGCAGGUGGCAUUGGUCACCGUGUUGCCGUUGAACUCAAGUGAAAAAGUGCUUCUCGACUUUUUAAACAGUGAGCAAGAUGCUCAUGUGGAUUGGAUAUCUCGUCUGGGUUAUCGCAACAAUCUCCAUUUGCAGGAGAUGCUGCUAUUCAACGUCAGCAAUGUUUGGGUGGAUCAGUGGAGUCUCAACGAUACCAUUGGCGGUGCCAUGGGUGAAGUGGUCAACGAGCAUGUGGAAUUAUCGACCACAGCUUUUGUGCUCUCAACUGCGCGUCUGAAGAAGAUCUUUCCUACCACCGAUAUUGGACAAUUUCGCUCGGUUUGCAUAUUUCGCACACCACACAAUGCUGGCAUCAAGGCUGGCGUUUUUCUCGAACCCUUCAAACCAAGUGUUUGGCUCGUUUUUGUCGCUUUGCUGGUCUUCUCUGGCCUGCUGCUGUGGCUGAUAUUUCGACUGGAGCAUCACUGGAUGCGACGCUAUCUGGCCUAUAUACCCUCGCUUUUGACCAGCUGUCUGAUUAGUUUUGGCGCUGCCUGCAUUCAAGGCUCGCACUUGAUUCCACAUUCGACGGGCGGACGACUGGCGUUCAUAGCACUCAUGCUGACCUCGUUUCUCAUGUACAACUAUUACACAUCGAUUGUGGUGUCCACCUUAUUGGGUUCGCCAGUGCGUUCCAAUAUUAAAACCAUACAGCAGCUCGCAGACAGUUCACUAGAUGUGGGCUUCGAAACGAUACCGUUUACUUGGGCAUACUUAAACAGUUCACCACGUGCUGAUAUCAUCAAUUUGGUUAAACGUAAAGUUGAUGGUCGCAAUCCCAGCAGCAUUUGGUUCUCGGCUCAAGAAGGCGUGUUGCGAGUUCGCGAUCAACCUGGCUUUGUAUUCAUCUCGGAGGCUUCAUUCUCUUACAACUUUGUGGAGAAAUAUUACAUGCCUCAUGAGAUAUGUGAACUGAAUGAGAUCCUCUUUCGCCCGGAGAGCACUGUCUACACCAUUGUGCAUCGCAACUCAACGUACAAGGAGCUGUUGAAGCAGAUACAAUUGCGGAUGCUAGAGGGCGGCAUGACCCAGAAGCAUCGACGUUUCUAUACGAAGACCAAGCUGCACUGCUUCUCCAACAAUUAUGUCAUCAAUGUGGGCAUGGAAUAUGCUGCACCUCUCUUUAUGGCUCUGCUGGCCGCCUACAUUCUCUCAUUUAUUAUUCUAAUGCUCGAGCUGGGAUGGUCAUAUCUGAGUAGACGCCACUUGCAGCGUUCGAUCGGUGGACACGAGUUAACUUAUGUCGAGCCGCAGGCAAAUCUUAGCAGCUUUAUACUCUACGAUUUAUAUAAUAAAGCUAAGCACUUGGGCAGUAAGCUAAACAUAACCAUCGAUCAGCAAAUUGACUGCAAUGAACGAGGUUGCCACGUCAGAAGAUAUCUAAGCGAUCUUCAUCUGCGACUUCGAUUGCAAAAUCGCAGAUAUUUCACUGGCAUUACACUGAGAGUUAAUGCAGCAAUCACCGCGUUGCCUGUAGAUUCCCCAGAGGAAAAGAUAAAAGAGUUUCUAAGCAGUCUUGAUGAUAUUUACAAGGAUUCAUAUGCCAGGCUGGGCUAUCAAACGCAUCAGGUGUUCAAGGACUUACUGGAUUGCAACUUUUCUUUCACCUUUCGCGAUCGCUGGACGGACUCGGAGGUAACUGGCGGCCUCAUUGGGGAUUUGAUAAAUGGCAGCGUUGAUAUGACAACCACCGCUUUCUUAUACACCUUGGGACGCACCAAGUACUUUAAGCCCUUGACCUGGCACAGUUCCUUUCGCUCCGUUUGCAUGUUUCGUAAUCCACGCUCAGCUGGCGCCGAGUUGCGUGUCACGGAAUUCCUCGAGCCAUUCAGCUGGACGGUUUGGCUUAUGUUUAGUGCAUUGCUGCUGUUCACUGGCUUCUUGCUGUGGCUGACAUUUCUACUGGAGCGUCGUCUAAGUCGAGCUAGCAGCAUGGAGACAUCCUUGUUGACCAGUUGCCUGUUAUCCUUUGGUGCAGCCUGCAUUCAAGGCGCUUGGCUACUCCCUCGCUCAACGGGCGGUCGCAUGGUCUUCUAUGCGAUAAUGUUGACCUGCUUUCUAAUGUACAACUAUUAUACAUCAAUAGUUGUAUCCACAUUGCUGGGAGCACCGCCAAAAUCAAGUAUACGCACCAUACAACAGCUGGCAGAUAGCAGUCUAGAGGUGGCCGUUGAGCCCACCAUCUAUACGAAAGUUUAUGUAGAGACUGCUGAAUUUCCCGAUAUACGCAGUUUGUAUCUCAACAAGAUCUUAAACAAGGAUCCCAAACGCAUUUGGUUGCCCUCAGAGCAGGGCGUGUUGAUGGUUCGCAAUCAUCCUGGCUUUGUGUUCAUAGCUGAAUCAGCUAGUGCAUAUGUUUUUGUACGAAAACACUAUUUGCCCCACGAGAUUUGCGAGCUGAAUGAAAUUCUAUUGCGCGAUGAGACAAGCGCCAAUACGAUCAUAAUGAAAACAUCGAAUUUUGCAGAGCUAUUCAAACUAUGUCAAUUACGCCUCUUGGAGACUGGAGUGCAUUUCAAGCACUUUCGCUAUUGGGUGCGCAACAAACUGCAUUGCUAUCAAAGCAAUGUCACCGUUGUGGUGGGCUUGGAAUCCGCCGGACCGUUGUUUCUUCUACUACUCAUGGCGCGACACGAAAAUUGGCCAACGAUUUUGACUAUAAAAGGAAAGCCCCAAAAGGUGUCUGAAGCUCAAAAGUCAACAAUAAAGAAAAUGCAGUUGCUGCACUUGGCAAACUUUGUGCUGUACAAUUUGCUACAAUCGCGCAUCACGUUCAUUGUCAUCUUUCACUGCUGGCAAAGGAAUGAAACUUUACAAUUCGCUCAACAAAUCUAUAACUCGCCGCAACUCAUCUAUCAUCAAUUUGUGCACUUGGGCGACUGGAAUUGGGAGAAUUUGGAGCAGCGCUAUUUGGAUCAUCAUCAGCCCACUUUGGCUAUCUAUGUGGAUCUGCAGUGUGAACGUAGUGAAGCGCUUUUAAAGGAGGCUAGUCAAUCGCAGCUCUACAAUCAGCAUUAUCAUUGGCUUCUACACGACAGCUUAUCUGGCUUUGGCUUCUUCGAAUUCUUUGCACCCUUUAAUCUAUCUGUAGAUGCGAAUGUGGACUAUGUGAAACAGGAGGUUCUUGACAAUGGAGACACCAGCUAUGCGGUCUACGAUGUCUAUAGCAAUGGCAAUCACAUUGGCGGAAAACUCAAUAUAACUGGCAACUACGAAGUAAACUGCAAUGUGACAAAGUGCACAUUGAAGCGGUAUUUGAGCACCUUGCAUCUGCGCUCCAAAUAUGGCCACAGAGAGCAGCUGCGGGAUGUGGUAUUGCGUGUGGCCACUGUGGUGACUCAGCGACCCAUCACCUGGUCACCAGAAUUUUUGAUACGUUACCUCAGUCAGGAUAACAACACGCACAUCGAUGCCAUAGCCCGGUUUGGCUUUCAUAUCAAUCUGGUGCUCAAGGAUAUUUUACAAUGCGGCAUGAACUACACUUUUACGGAUCGCUGGAGUUAUAGUGACAUCAAUGGCGGCUCUGUGGGCGCUGUGGUUGAUCAGACCGCGGAUAUUGCCUCGGCUCCUUGUUUGGCCACCGAGGGUCGCCUGAAGCGUAUGUCGGCUAUCAUUGAGACGGGUUACUUUCGCUCCGUUUGCAUCUUUCGCACACCCCACAACGCUGGCAUACGUGGCGAUGUCUUUCUGCAGCCCUUUAGUGCUAUCGUCUGGUAUCUAUUUGGUGCUCUCUUAUUGCUAAUUUCCCUACUGCUUUAUCUGGUAUUUUAUGUGGAAUACAAACGAAUGCCGCGUCGUCGUCAUCUCAACUAUAUGCCAUCGUUGCUGACCACUAUCCUGAUCAGUUUGGGUGCAGCUUGCAGUCAGAGUUCUGCUUUAAUACCACGCUCCACUGGCGGACGUUUAGCCUACUUUGCGCUGUUCCUCAUCAGCUUCAUCAUGUACAACUAUUAUACGUCUGUUGUGGUUUCUUCGCUUUUAAACUCGCCCGUCAAAUCGGACAUCAAGACAAUGCAACAGCUGGCAGAAAGCUCGCUGGAGGUGGGCCUGGAACCGCUCUCGUUUACGAAAAGUUAUCUGAAUUACUCUUUGCGCCCAGAAAUACAUCUGUUCAGUAAGCUCAAAAUUGAGACACAAACGAAUAAUCCGGAACUCUGGAUACCCGCCGAGAAGGGCGUACUACGCGUAAGAGAUCGACCUGGCUAUGUGUAUGUACUGGAAGCCAGCUCCGGCUAUGCCUAUGUGGAACAUUAUUAUACGCAGCAGGAGAUCUGUGACCUCAACGAGAUACUCUUUCGUCCCGAACUCUUGAUCUACACGCACCUUCAUCGCAAUUCGAGUUAUAAGGAGCUCAUACGCCUCAAAUUAUUGCGCGUUCUGGAGUCGGGAGUUUAUCGUAAGCAUCGCAACAUUUGGGCACGCAUGAAGUUGCAUUGUUAUGCCCAGAACUUUGUCAUUACCGUGGGCAUGGAGUAUGUGGCGCCGCUGUUCUUUAUGCUCAUCUGUGGCUACGUACUGGUGUUACUAUUGUUGCUGCUCGAACUCGCCUGGGAGCGCUAUGUGCAGCGUACACGUUAAACACUUUGCACCCACUUUUUUUGUGUGUCAUCUUGCACCUUGAAGCAGCUCGACUGCACGUCAUGGCUUUAAGCUAUUAUGCAAAAAUGGAAUCAAAAUAAAAGCACUUUGCGUUAACUUUUUCCGCUGUGAAAAUUAUGCAGGAAUGCAACGACCCGGUUGUCCGUGCACUUCCUGUUGUCAGGACUGAGGACUGAGGACUGAGAGCCCGCGCAAUUGCCGUGCACGCCUCGCUGCGUUGACCACGUUUUCAUGUUUUCAUGCGAUUUUCGUAUUUGCAUUAAAAACUUUUCCCGGUUUGCCGUAUUUUGGGCUAUGAUUUUUCAGCGUUUUUCCCACCUCCCUCCCAUUUUUUCCAUUUGCAUUUUUAUGCCCAGCAGCGAGCAAAAAGAGUCAACAAAAAAAUGGAAGACUGCAACGUGUGGAUGCCACAGAACACAGUUAAGAGAUUAAACGGUUAUCAGCAUUUGGCAAUUGCCGCUUGUCGCAACCUUUGAAUGAAACCUUGACAGCGGAUUUGUCGCAAGUUCUUCCUCUCUCUCUUAUCACCCAGACAUAACUAAUCAAUCAUUUCAUAUUUAU